AAAUAUUAAUUUUGGUAGAGAAUAAAAGGGCUCUCUCUCUCUCCAUCGAACAUGUUUUUUGGCCCUCCGCCUUAACCAAAAGGAAUCCUCUCUCCCUCUCUGCGUCUUUGAGAUGAAACCAAACAGCAGCAGCAGCAGAAGAAGAAGAAGAAGAAGGUGACGAUGGUGAUGACCAGAAGCAAAGAAUUAGAGAGUGGCAGUACUAAGGGAUCGUCGGAGUGCUGCAUGUGUGGGGACUACGGCUUGCCCGACGAGCUUUUCCAAUGCGACGUUUGCGGCUUCCGAUCACAACACAGGUACUGCAGCAAUCUGUAUCCGAAGGCCGAGUCAUACCGAGUCUGCAACUGGUGCCUCAGUCAGACCGAUCACCCGAUGAUCACCGAGCCGACCGAUCCGAAGUUGACCCAGAACUCCUCGACCUCGUCCCUAGCAUCACACCGAAACGACGCCGAACAAGAGGAAGACGUCAAGAGCAUCAACAAGAAGUCAAGGACCAAGAGACCCGACGAUCGAGAUCUGGUCGUCCAAAUCAACGGUCCAGAUCUCAAAAAGCAGUCUAAGACGCCAUCCCCACCGUCCGUCGUCAGGAAGAGGAUCAUCACGAGAGGGGCUCUGGAGGAGAGGCUCAGAAGGACCAAGUCUGAGGAGAUUUUAAAUAAUAAUAAAAGUAAUAAAAAUAGUAAUAUUAACAAUAAUAAUAAUAAUAAAGGGAUUAUUACAAAACAGGUUUUCAGGAAUAAGGUGAGAAGGUAUAAAUUAUUGGAGGAGGUUUCAAGCUGAAAUAUAUUUUCAUAUAAUAAAUUUGUCAAUUUUGGUUUCGUUUUUUGGCUGGAUUUUGGUCCAGAAAAAUAAUUAUAUAUAUAUAUAUACACAUGUAUAUGGAUACAGUACAUAAAUUGUGUCCAUUGUGAUGUACAGAGAGCUGUAUAAAAAGGAUGUGUAUAAGGAUCCAAUUAGUUCCCAUAAUGAAAAUGAAAUCGGCAAAUUUCCUUUUCUGUAUUA